AUGAGAUCCAAAUACCUCACAACCGCGGCUUUCGCAGCCUCCGCGGCAGCUCAGCAAGAGGGCACCAUCACUUCAUGUGAAGCCCUGUCGUGCAUCAACCCCGAAAGUCGGGGCGUCUGUGCCAUAGAUGAUUCACCUCGCGUAAUUGGCGUGGGCAUAGCAGCCGACGUUGUCAAUAUCUCCUCCUCCAGUCUUUCAUACACCCUCGUCGACGGAACCGCGGAUGGGAUUUUGGCCUCCGAGCCGGGUUACCAGUUCUCCACACAGACGCUCUAUGUCGGCGUGCCCUCUGAUUUCGAAACGAGCGGCCAGUCCGCAGGGUGUGCGUUGAUGAUGCAGUACCAAGCACAGACCUUCAACAUGAGCGAAACACGGAACACAACAUCGUGCGAGGGUGCACUUUCGGACAGCUGCCAAGAAAACCUGGCCGAUGUAGUCCGCCAGUUUGAGUACUCCUCUGGCCGAGGGCAGAACAGCACAACCGGUUCGACCCUGUCACGAUGCGAAUCUCUGGCGCAGUUUGUGAACACCAACAUCCACCAACAACUCUCACUGUGCGGUCUCUAUGCUGGUUUUGUCAACACCACCGGAGGUUCUAUUGUCGGGCCGGAUGUCUCUUCCAGCUCGAUCCAGCUCCAGAAUGAAGGCUGCCAGCCUGUUGUACCCCAGGAGUACGAGCUCCACCACGUAGCGGAGAUGCGUCAGAUUCUUCCUACCGGAGAAAAUAACCCCGGGCUUGCAGGAGGUCGGUCAGGUGUCACGCCCGUCCUGAGCGUCCUGUACGAAGACGAGGAUGACAGGAGCCCAGACGUGCAACUAGUCUGUCUGAGGACCUAUACUUCGGACGGACAGGAAAUGCCCGACACCAUCAACAAUGAUGAGAACCGUGGUGAGAGCGGUGCUACGACUAGUGCACCAGGUACAUUGAGUGUUGCCGUUGCGGGUUUGCUGGGCUUCGCAGCUCUCAUGAUCUAG